AUGCGAUCAGCUGGAGGUCUCCAAGGAGGAGUUCUGCGAAGGAGUCCUCCAGGUCGUGAGGCGAGACUACAAGCGCGGAUACUGCAAGUGCAGAGAAGACAGCAGCGUGGACCAGCUGGUGCGACAACGCCCUGGCUGCCUGCUUCGGAGCUCGGACCCCGAUGCCGAGCUCAGAUACCUGGUGGAGGUCACCGAAGACUCUCAGCGCGAAGUCCUCGAAAGGGCCUUCGAUUGUGCCUCGACUGUCACCUUCUGCCCUCCCUCUGCAAGUCACAGCUAUCCUGA